CGGGCUUUUUAUGAAUCGCUGCUGCUGCUGCUGCUGGUGGUGGUCGUGUCAGAGUAGAGGCGGAGUUUCUUUCUCUCUCUUUCCUGCUGUUUGUCGACGUGCAGGCGUUGGGCAGCAAGCAGAGGGCAGCAGGCUAGGUACAUCUCAUCCUGACUGGAACACAGGACACACAACAUCAUCAUCAUCAUCCUCUUCCUCCAUCCUCCAUCCACCCUGACAAGGACGACCUCUUCGGGGAGAGGGGGAAAAAUACAGAAUCUAAACAAAACAUAGGGACAGGACAAUUUUUUUCCAGAAAUAAAAAAAACAGGCAGAAAUCGCAUCGAAAGCGUCAAAAUGUUGGCAUGUACAGAAAUGAUCACCAUGUGUCUUCAAUCUGCCAAGCACGAACACUUCAGGAAGCAGCAGGAGCUUGACCACAACCAAAAUCAAGGCAUCUCUCUGUUUCAUGAUAUAUUCCGCCGGGCAGACAAAAAUGAUGAUGGGAAACUGUCCUUAGAGGAGUUCCAGUCAUACUUCACUGAUGGUAUCCUCACCGACGAGCAGAUGCAGGAGCUGUACUACUCCAUCGACAGGCAGCAGAUAGACAACCUGGACAUAGACAAACUCUCAGAGUACUUCAGUCCACAUCUGGGAGAGUACGUCAACGUCCUGUCUGCUCUGGAAAAGCUGAACGUGGCCAUUUUGAAAGCCAUGGAUAAAACUAAAGAGGAGUAUCAGGGUUCAUCAGUGUUGGGUCAGUUUGUGACACGCUUCCUGCUGAGGGAGACCUCCACCCAGUUGCAGUCCCUUCAGUCAUCCCUGGACUGCGCUAUGGAGGCUGUUCAUGACCAGGGCUGUACAGGGAGGAGGCUACAGAAGAAGCCCCAGGACCUGCCUAUCCAGAGGGUGGCCAAACGCCCAGGCCGACGCAUCCAGAAGAACAUGUGUCUCUCCCCUACUGACCCCUACUCUGGCAUGCUCACCACAGGGGUCAGUGUGGAGCCUGACAACCACUGGGGCUCCCAGAUCAACCAGCUGGAGCAACUCAUAGACAAACUGGAGUGUGAGAGUCCGCAACUUGAACCUCUCAAAGAGGACACGUUAGCAGGGACGUAUAAAUCGAACAUUCUUCUGGUUCAAAGACAAAUGUCUGUAAAAGAGAGAGAUGUGGAGCAGUUUCAGCAAGCUCUCAAAAUCUACACAGAUGCCACCAGCAGCCAGCUAAACAACCUGCACGUUUCAGUCCAGAAUCUGCCAGACAGAUCAUGCUUCAUCAUGUAUGAGUUUUGGCAGGACCGUCUCUCCUGGAUGAGCUACCUGCAGUCGUCUAUCAGUAAGACCUUCCAGCGCUGCAUUAUCGACUCACUGGAGGAGCCGGAGAUGGUCUCCACUAUGCUCCUCCCAGCCUCUUGGUGGAUCAUGAACAACAACUGACAGAGCACAGUGGCUGCUACUCAACACAAUAAAAGCAGGAGGAAGAGGCGAUUGUAUAAUUGUUUUUUCUUUUUUGUUCCUUGAUAUUCACUUUUUCCUCAUGGCAUGUCCAGGAUUGCUUUUGCAAAGCCAAGCUCCAAGGUAAUAAAAAAGACGACUGCUUAGAUAAAUCAGUCAGCAGUGAGACAAACUGAAACCUUGGAAUAGAAAGAAUUGAGGUAAUGCAAUAUUAUAUUGUGUGGUCAGGAUCUGUGUCGACUUUUAUUUCACACUAUUGGCACAUUUCUUGCUUCUGAUUUAAUAGAUACACAAGAAUUUAAAAAAGAAAAAAAGAUUUGCAUGAUUUCUUAUUCCUCUGUGCUAGUUUAUUUCAAUCAAAACUGCUUCUUAGAGUAGAUAUAAUGUCAACAGUGCCACAAAAAUAGAAUCACAUGAAUAACAACUGAUCUGUCCAUCCAUCACUAUCCAUCACUCAUUCUUCAGUACAGACAAAAACAGAAAUACUGGCAGGGUUAACCUGCAUUUUCCCUUGUUCUCUCUGUGGUAUUGUGCUUUGUUGUCUUCUUCAAAGCUUUGCUACCAAGUAUCUGUUUGUUGAAGGGUUAGACAGCCCUUAGAUAGAACAAAGUCUAUGAAUCAUUAUGGUCCGCAUCUAAACUUUUAUGAUCUGUGUGUCACUUUUGCACUUUAGAAAAAUAUGAAACAUGGACCUUAUUGUGAAGAACGGACAUUUGUUGUAGAUUGUAUAUUGAAAAUGUAGAACUGACUGCUGUUUUAACAAGCCAAGAGCUGCACUGAAGUGUAGUAAAACAUUAGCGGAUGAUAACAAUUAACCAAAAAAUUGUGCAGUUAGCCUCUACUGUUACUUUACAAAUAAAACUCAAAAGCCAUUAUUUUACAUUUUCAGUGUGUAAUCAGAGGAGUUUAAUGGUACAGUACACACAAAUAGAAGUUUAUAUUUUGAGUACAGAAAUUAAGCAGAAAAUGUUGUGUGUAAUAAGGUAGAAGUCGGUUAUGGUUGUGUACAGUAGUUAAUGAAAGCUCUAAGAUGUAAGUAAUUGUUGUAGAACACUGGUAAAUGUACAGCUGGAUAGUAUAUUGAGCUUCGGUUGCUCUGAUAAAACGAGGAAUGAAUGUGUUCGCUCUUUCUUUGAGGUGUUUAUCAUUUCUUUUAUGAAGAAUAUACAGUUGUUAUGUGGAUGUUAUGAUUGUUUUCUGGCAUGAAAUAAAGUUCAUGACAUGUUGAUGACAUGAAAAGAUGA